AUGCUAACGAAAAAUUCUCCAAAUUCCUCAACAGUCAUUUCAACUACGCGCGGCGACCGCAUCGCAUCCGUGCGUUCUUUAAUUAUAGUUCUCAAAGUGAUCGGGCUUUGGCAGUGGCCAGAGGAUCGCACUCAAUGGGAACGCACUCAAUUUUUAUUAAAGUUGCAGCGAGUGUAUGGCCUCGCACUUCACUUGCCACUCACAUUUACCCUUAUUACGCUAAUGGUGUGCGCUGCACUUUUGUCGCACGACCUGGAGGAAAUUAGCAAUGUUCUUUACAUCUUGCUAACCGAAUUUGCUUUGGUUGUGAAAAUAUUCAGCAUUUGGCAGCAUGGCACUCUGGCAUGGCGCUACUUGGACGAGUUGGUACAUUCAUCCAAAUAUGAGUUUCGCCAGCAAGCGGAGCUGACACAGUGGAUGCGGGAGCAGCGUUUAUUUGUAAUUGUCGCCUACUCUUACAUAUUUGGAAGCUGUUCUAUUGUGGUGUUCAGUUGCUUUGGGGCUUUGUACACAGCAGCGGAUGUUUAUGUGUUACCCUACGCCUACUAUGUACCCUUUGAGUGGCGCGACCCGCAUAAUUACUGGUACGCGUGGAGCUAUUGCUGUAUUAGCGUCUCGCUCACUUGCGUUGCCAAUGUUACACUGGACAUGAUAUUCUGCUACUUCAUGUUACACUUGUCGAUGCUGUAUAAAUUGAUUGGUUGGCGUUUGGCGGCACUGCGACAAAGGCGAGACGCUGCUGGCGCAGCUGAGGUGCUCAAUGAAAUGCGCCAUAUUUUCCAAUUGCACGAGAGUGUGAAUAGACUGGCUGCGCAAUGUGAGACAUUGGUGUCCGUGCCUGUGCUAUCGCAAAUCAUACUCAGCGCCUUUAUACUAUGCUUUAGCGGUUAUCGAUUACAACAUUUGCAAAUAAUGGAAAAUGUCAGCGUGUUCUUCGCCACAAUUCUGUUCGUCUCAUCAAUGACUUUACAAAUUUUCUUGCCCUGUUACUAUGGCAAUAUGGUAACGGUUAACUCGAAUGCUUUGACUAAUGAUAUGUUCAAUUCAGAUUGGACUGCUUUUGAAAUACCAGCGCGUAAAUUUAUGAUUUUAUACAUGGAACUCUUAAAGCGCCCAACUACGUUAAAAGCGGGCAACUUUUUCCUAAUUGGACUACCCAUAUUCACAAAGACAAUGAACAAUGCAUACAGUUUCUUCGCCCUGCUUCUAAAAAUGAAUAAAUAA